GUUCCCUUUGACCGAGGCAGUCGUGAAGAGCUCGCCGGCCUGGUGAGGCGAUGCGCCUCAAUCGCGCGUACUCCUGCGUACAGCGGGUCGUGAUUAUUCUCAUGACACACCACAGACGUGCAAUCACAGAUUUACGAAUAUGAGAGACGUUUGACAAUCGAAGAAGAUGGCGAGCAGUACGGAGGACUACGGCUCAGAGCUGCAGGAGCUUCAGUGGGGUGGUGGUGGGUCCUCUCACUUUCUGCGUAACAGCGGAGGUGGAUUUUUGAGGGGUGGAGGUGGUGGCGGUGCUGGUGGAUGCUACGAGGCUGAGGACCUUGAGCCAUCGGGGGGUAGACAUCGGAGUACGCAGAAUAGAGGGUACUACAGCCCACCUGGGACGAGUUACACCAUUGUAGAGAGACCACCGAGUGCGCCGCAUCAUCAUUCCUCUCAUGCAACUCCGUACAGACAUCGAGGACAUGGAACUGGUGGUGGUGGUGCUAUAUCACCAGAACAAGUUCUCAGAUUAUUCAACAAUGGAGUAGCGGAAAGACGACAAAAUGAACGUCGCACCCCAGCGUCAAGUCCAGCGAGUGUCUCAGCCCUUCGUGGAGCGAGUUCUACCUCUCAACAGCAGACACAGCCCGCGAGUUCAACUCCUCAAUCGCCUCAAGCCCUCAGCCUCCAGGAGCUCACUGUCAGAACAAUUACCAUGACUCGCGAUCCCCCCGACUCUCACCAUGGCUUUGGCAUCUGCGUUAAAGGCGGCAAGGACGCUGAAGCGCAGUCAGGCGUGGGUGUGUAUAUUUCACGAGUGGAGGAGGGCUCAGUGGCAGAGAGAGCUGGCCUCAGACCGGGUGACACAAUCCUUGAAGUUAAUGGAACUCCCUUUCGCGCUGUCACACACGAGGAAGCCCUCAAGAUGUUGAAGUCUUGUCGUACUUUGAGCAUGACAGUGCGUGGACCAGCCCUAGAUCCAAGAUGUCGUGGUGGUCAUCCAGUUUGGUCAGGCUCUGGUAGACAGCAGUCGUGUUCCUGGAUGGAUCGUCAGGGUCGUCCAGCAUCACCACCCCCCCUUCAUCCCCGUGACUCGCGUUAUGGUUCACGAACACGAAAGGUAGAGCUCUGCAUCGAACCAGGCCAAUCCCUAGGGCUGAUGAUAAGGGGAGGACUGGAAUACGGUUUAGGAAUCUACGUGACUGGGGUUGAUAAGGACAGUGUGGCUGAUCGGGCUGGUCUCUUGGUUGGCGAUCAAAUUAUCGAGGUGAAUGGAACGAGCUUCGAGGAGGCCACGCAUGAUGAGGCUGUGCAGAUAUUGAAGACUAACAAACGCAUGAGUCUCGUGAUUAGAGACGUUGGUAAAGUUCCUCAUUCGUGUACGACGAGCCGGCCAAUCGUCGUACCAAGCUCAAGGUACCAGGACCAUGAUCCUCAGAUGAUACUGGAGAGCCCUGGAAAUCGUCCUCCUAGUCCUUCUAGCACUACCAGUGAAUGGAGACAUCGGGUCCAUUCAGUCUCCUCAGCAACAGCGGCAAUGGUAGAGGAGAAAGCGCGAGUAGUCCUAGCGAGAAGUGAGCGUGCAGCCCUCUCCCAACUUCUAGCAGACUACAGAAUACGAAGGCUAACGAUAGAGGACCUAGUGGCGUCCCUAGCAGAUCUUCUUAAUACCCACGAAAAGCUCACUCUUCUUACCGAACUCAGGGAGCUUGUUGAGAGUAAAGACAGGGCGGCCUUCGAUGAUCUCGUCUAUCGUCCGAGGGCCACCAUGACUCGAAGAAAAGGCGACAGGGCACACUCAGAUCUUGUGGUAACUCCAUCUAUCCACGAUCUUCCGAGGGGUGGCGGUCGUCCGGGAAGGCUGGUGGACGUCGAGGGAGAUCCUCUGGGUGUCACUGGACCCCUGCUGACGCGGGAGAAUCAGGAGUACCGGUCGCCGAGUGAGGACAGCGGACUGGGGGCUGAUAUGCCCCGAACUAGGCCGGGUUGCAGACGUGCCCAGCAACAUCAGGUAGCCACAUCCGACCUCGCCCUCUCCAAUGAUGAUGAGUGCGACAACCAGGAUUACGAGGACGAGAUUGAGAGCGACCGCGGCAGAAGGCACAGUUCCCCCAGUGGCUCCCGUGGAAAUCCCCGAGAUUACGCACAUCAUCAUCUGCAUCCCGACAAUUUGGAGAGCGACGGCGGUUGCGAAGGUAGCGACGCUGAGAUGAUCAGUAAUGGUCGUCGUGAGCGUGAUACUGAGGAUGAAGACGAAGGAAGGGAAGAGAGGAGCUCGGAGGGUGGAGGUGGGGGAGGUUUCGGUGGUUGGAGGUCCCACCUACUUGGUGGUCUUACUCAGCGCGUCAAGUCCUGGUACUGGGGCGCCAGACCCCUCGAGCUGGCUCAUAAGCUCUCGAGGAGCUUCGACAUGCAGGAAGCGCAAUUGUUAGAGGACGGAACUAGCACUGGUGGUGCCACUGGUGCCUCCGGUGCUGGCGGCCCUCCCAGAAGACAUCACAGCGCACAAAGACUGGCUAGGAGUGAAAUAUCGGAGAGGAGGGAGGAGGAUGGAGCACUCGUUGUGCCUGAUCACCAAGGGAAUCUCAGGAUUACAGUCAAGAAGACCAAGUCCAUACUUGGGAUUGCCAUCGAAGGAGGAGCCAAUACCAAACAUCCUUUGCCUAGGAUAAUUAAUAUUCAUGAUAAUGGAGCCGCUUACGAGGCCGGUGGUCUUGAAGUCGGUCAGCUCAUCCUCGAGGUUGACGGGCACAAAGUCGAAGGAUUACACCAUCAGGAAGUAGCACGACUCAUAGCUGAAUCCUUCGCAAGACGUGAUCGCAAUGAGAUUGAAUUUCUUGUUGUUGAAGCAAAAAAGAGUAAUCUAGAGCCAAAGCCAACGGCUCUUAUAUUCCUGGAGGCGUAGCAGGAAUCUCCCACCUCCGAGCCGGAACCACCGUAAAACACCUUGUGAAAAUCGUGAGAUUCAACUCCCUUGCAUCCAUACAUUUCUCCCUUCCCCCCCUGUUUAUUCCCUUCAUUCUUGGUGCUUAAUCGAGACCUCAGGGCCAUCGUGAUCGAGGUACUGCGAUGUUUAACUGCAGCCACAGGAAAAAAAUCCUCCUAAACUUGAGAAAUACAGUAUAACACUGACGACAAAAGUUGAUCAAAAAAUUCAAAAUGUUUUCCUCGACAAUGAAACGUAAAAUUGUGAUAUGUUUGAUACAUAAUAAUUCUAGAACGUUGCGAGAUACCGCAAUGUGGCAUUGAAGAGGUCAACAUUCAUGAUCAUUUUUUAUUUCAAAUAUGCAUAAAAAAUAUGAGAAAAGGAAACAAAAAUCAUUUUGUAGAAAAAGAAACUAAAAACGACAGCGAAGAAUUGUAAACUUGAUACCUCGACCAAUUGACCAAUUAAUAAACCCGUCAUUCCUCAUUUUUAUACCCAACGAAUUUCAUAAUCAAUCCGGCGGAUGGUGGGAAACUGAACAAAACCGGCUUAAAUGGCCGAAUGUACCUCAACGAUGCGCUAAAUGCAACGUGAAGGCGACACCGGUCAUGUAAAUCCCUCAGCAGGCAUCUGAAAGUUGAAUCUAAACAAGUAUCUAAAGAACGACGAAUACGACGAAAAACUGCAUCAAAAAAUUCCUGGUAAUGAUAACCGAGAAGAGUCGCCAAUUGUGCCAAAAACACACUCGAGGAUUUCUUUCAUAAAGAAAGCGUAAAAAAAAACUAACAAAUACACAAACACUUGUUCAAAGUUAAAUUGAAUGCUUGAAACGUACAGUGAAAACAAAAUUGGGAUAAAUUAACUCCUAAUUUCGAGUUUGAAUGGAGGCGAGAAAUUAUAAUGUAAAAAAAGGUGAAAAAAACAGUUUGAAAAAAAAAUGUUGACUAAUUCAUUAUCAAAGCAAUCAAAGAUGCGAGCUGGCCUCGACUGUCUACCAAUUAGUAACCCCCUGUUUUGUUUUUCUCAUUGCAAGAUUUAUGGCUCAUUUUAUAUGUAAAGAAAACAUUCGUUUAGUCGUGAAGGUGGAAAAAAAUGAAAACAAUUUAUUGGUCGAGCCAACUCGAGUACUUUGACCUGAUACCAAUAGACUUAUUUACUGGAAUUGUUGAGGCUUAAAGAUUAUUAUAAAUAAGUGUAUAUAUACUUGAAGUAAAGAAAAAUAUUAAUUAAUUAUAAUAGGAUUGGACAAUUAUUAAAGCUUUUCAGCGUUGAAGACAAAAUUCUGAUCAAUUGUGUAUUGUAAAAAGUGGGAAGAGGAGGUCUAAUCCAUAAAAUUGGAACGAGUUCAGACCUUCCGUGAUCAUAAAAACUGAAGAAAUACAUUUACGUUAACAGGAGAAGAAAAUUCACGGUUAUUGAUUUUUAUCAUCCAACUAAAAUUGAAAAAAAUAAUUAUCCAACUGUUCUCGACAUAAACCGUAAUUCCUAUAAUUUCAAUAGUUCUUUCUCAAUGUGAGAACAACGGUACUGAGCACUACUUUGGCAGAGUGAUUUUUAGGUAAACAAGAGCCACAAACUGUCGUUCACACUCAAUGAGAAUCAUCACUGGCUCUGCACGACACACCCAUUGCCGAUCCAAUUAGCAGACAGACGGUAAUGUGCCAAAGUCAUAAAAAAAAACAAAAGUUUAAUAUGGAAAAAUUGAAUAAAGCCGAAGUAGUCUAGUAGGUCGAUAGAGCAUGAAGCAAUAAUAAGACGAAUAAAAUUGGCCAGACAAACCAAGAUUGAAAUAAAAUGAGGGAGACUAGGGCAUGGGGUCACCAUCAACCACACAAAUAAUAUAAUUUCAUCACCAAUUUCAUUGAUUUAUGAGUAGUACGCACAAAUCGCCUGGAAUUCGCACCAACUUUACAAAAACUCAAAUUGAUAAAUAAUGAUAACGAAUAUAACCCAGAGAAUAAGAACAGGAUCGUGAGCACUAACCGAAAUGAAGUCUAACCGAAAUGAAUGAAAAUGAUAAUAAAUGAAUAUUUUUGUAAGCGGCUAUAUCAAAGACGCUCGCUCAGGCCAGACAUUUCAGCUGACAUAUCCGACAAUGCCUUACGCUUUAUGUGUUGAUGAUAAACGUGCAAAAACUCCAAAUUUUGGGAUAAAAUGUGUCUGCAGUAAAUAUUAAUAAUGACAAUGUGAAAACGAAAAUCCAAACACAAGCAUAUGAAAACCUGAUUGCCAGAUUAGAGAGAUCAACGGAUGAAAAAUUUUUAGAUCAACGUCAGUGAAAAAUCUUCGCAAAUAAUGGAAAAUUGAUUCAUUUAUGAUUAGAUAAUUUUGUAGAUUAUUUUAGAGAAAUCCUCGGAUGAUGUUUCGUUGACUCGUACCUUGUUAGAGAUUAGAACUAGGUGAAUCCAACGAAAAAGUAGGAAAAAUAUUGUUUGUUCGUGAAAGUAGAGAAGCUUCACCUCCCCUUCCCAAAAUGAUUUCAUUCAAAUCAUGUGAAUGAUGCAUCCAAGAGUCCAGGUAAUUAGAAAGUUUUGAUGAUGACGAAAUGUGUUAUCAGAGCGUCAAUAACAAGUUCAAUGAUUCACUGAAUAUAAAAUGGAGAAAAUUCAAAUAUUUAAGUUGAUAACGUUAAAACUGUGUAUAUAAUAUAUAAAUAAAUUAUACCUAAGCGCUCGUUCAUACUGCAUUUCAUAGUCCGAUCGGAUAUAAAGAUAAAUAUACAUAAAUUUUUGCAGAGUUUAACGCGUUGAUGACAUAAGGAGAGUUUUUCGCCGAAUUAACGUUUGUUUGUUUAAUACGGUUAUUUGUUUGUGCGCUGAUUGAUAUUCAUUAGAUGGAAUGUAAAAAGAAAUCAUGAAGAAUAUAAACGUGUAAUUAAACUCCA